UGUACCACCAUCAGUCCUCGGAGAUCUCUCAGGGGAUGCUCUCCAUCCCUCAAGACAUGUGGAGCCUUCAGGUCUUCCUGAUGCUGGUCACUGUAACCAGCUGUCUCCAGCCAGCAAAAGAUGAAUUUACCAAUCAGGCUAAGAUGAGGCCUUUACAGCGUGUUAAAAGAAGAUGGGUUAUUACUACCUUGGAGCUCAUUGAAGAAGACCCAGGACCAUUCCCCAAGUUUGCUGGAGAGUUAUUCGAGAAUAUGGACUACAAUGAAUCCUUAAUGUAUAUAAUCAGUGGGCCUGGUGUGAAUGAGCCUCCAGUUGGUCUGUUUUCUAUAGAAGAUAACCAAAAUGGAAACAUCUAUGUUCACUCUUCAAUUGACCGAGAGGAAAUACCAUCUUUUGUGAUACGCUUUGAUAUUAUUGAUAUUUCAACUCAGAAAGUUGUGGAUACAUCUUUAUUUUUCACUGUCAAAGUUGGUGACAUCAAUGAUAAUGAACCACAGUUUGCUAAGGAAGAAUUUAACAUCACUGUCAAAGAGAGUCACAGUCGUGAUGAUCCUAUUUUUCAGGUAGAAGCAGUGGAUUUGGAUAAAGAGCAAACUCCCAAUUCUGAAGUUUCCUAUUCCCUUGUUUCACAAGUGCCAUUGAAAAAAGGAAAUGGGUUUUACAUUGAUCACAGUAGUGGAGAAAUUCGUGUCUCAGGAUGCUUAGAUUAUGAGGCUGUCCAAUUGUUCAAAUUACUGAUUAGAGCAAAUGACCAUGGAGAGCCAUCAUUGUCAUCCACUGCUACUGUUAACAUAGCUGUUGAAGAGGGAAACAGUCACAUGCCUGUAUUUACUAAGGAAGAUUAUAAAAUACAGAUUUCUGAAGGUCAAAUACAACAGGAAGUGCUAAGGCUCCUAGUGCAAGAUGAUGAUUCUCCAUUCACGCCUGCCUGGAAAGUAAAAUACAAAAUAUUACAUGGUAAUGAAGAAGAACACUUCGAUAUUGUAACAGAUCCUGGGACCAAUGAAGGAAUUUUAAAUGUCAUCAAGCCUUUGGAUUAUGAAAACCUGCCAGACAGAAAACUUGUUAUUGUAAUUGAAAAUGAAGAACCAUUCUCUUCAUGUGAAAAAGACCAAUUUGGCAAUGGAACCAGCACUGCAACUGUGAAUGUGAAGGUUAUUGAUACUAAUGACCCUCCUCAGUUCCAUCCUCCUAAUAUUAUCGUUCAAGAAGUUGAUGGAGCUGGUCCUGGGAUCCAGUUGGGAAGAUAUAAUGCUACAGACCCAGAUGGGAACAGCAAGAACAUAAGGUUUAGACUGGUUCAUGAUCCUGCCAGGUGGGUCACUGUGGAUGAACGCUCUGGUGUGGUUACCACAGUGAAACAUGUGGAUCGGGAAUCCCCAUAUGUGAACAACAGCUUUUACACAAUUAUCGUCAAUGCCAUUGAUGAUGGUAUCCCGCCUCAGACAAGUACAGGAACUAUGAUGCUUUUUCUUUCUGACGAGAAUGACAAUACACCUAGUCUUGUUAAACCUUUCAUGGAAGUUUGUAAGAUGGAGCAGAAUGCAUCUUUUCUUGUGGAAGCUGAGGAUAAAGAUUUAGAUCCAUUCUCUGGUCCUUUUACGUUUAAGUUAGAUGAUUCUUCUGGAAAUAUAAAAGAUACUUGGAAGCUAGGGAACAAUUUUGGUUAUUCUGUGGAACUUCUAAUGGUAAGAAGUCUCCCAAAUGGUAAUUAUUCAGUGCCCUUCAUUAUCUUAGAUAAACAAGGAUUUUUCAAGAAACAGAUGCUAUAUGUGAAGCUGUGUUCCUGUCUCAAUGGAAUUACCUGCAUAGACUCUUCAAUGGCCUUUGUAGAACUUGGUGGAGUUGCCAUUACCCUGAUAUGUGUAGCUUUCAUAUUAUUGGCAGUAGCCCUACUUUUCUUGCUGCAGUUUUCUUUUGGAUCUGCAAACAAGAGGCAGCCAAAACCUUUUCCUUAUGAACCGGGCAGUCAGUCCUUGAUCACAUAUAAUGAUGAAAGUGAAAACACUUCAACACUGCACUAUCCAAAUGACACAAGGAAUCUACAUACUAAAAGCCAACUGAAAAGGAAGGAAACAGAAAUAUCAGAGGGAUUAACUGGAUACUAUCCAAAUGACACAAGGAAUCUACAUACUAAAAGCCAACUGAAAAGGAAGGAAACAGAAAUAUCAGAGAGAUUAACUGGAUGCUAUCCAAAUGACACAAGGAGCCUGUGUACUAAAAGCCAAAUGGAAAGAUUGGAAAGAAAAAUAGCAGAGACAUUAACUCAAAAGCUCCAUGAUAUUGACCUCUUGGAAUAUAACACUACUUACGAACCUCGCACUUACAUGGAUGAGGGAGAACUUGAAAUUACUAAAUCCCUCAGUUCACUCGCCUUGACAGAAAGUGACCUGCCUGAAAAUUUUCUGGAUGAUUUGGGAUCAAAAGUAAUUGCCCUUGAAAAAAUAUAUUCCAAGUCAGUCUUUAUGAAAUAAUGCAUAUAUUAGAAAAUUGGUAAUCAUACCUGAAGAGACCUUAGUUUAUUAAGGACAAUUUUAUUUCUUUAUUCAUUUUUGCUAAGAUGUGUGAGAAUUAGUUAAUGAUGUGGAAAGUGCUAUGGGAUUAUUGGAACAAGAAUAAUGGGCAAAAGAGAAGCAAAAAAUGUACUACAGAUAGCUUUGAUUUCUUUUUCUGAAAAUUUUCUGUAUGUAUUCUGUGACCAUUUAUGCAGAAUGGCUUUUAUUUUUAUAAAUUUGACUCAUUGCAUACUCGGUAUAUAUUUGAGAAAUGCAGCCUUUAUCAGAAAAACUUUCUAUCAUACUUCAUUUUCUAUGAUACCGUUUAGAAAAAUGUAAUUUUCCUGAUUACCCCUAGUUUUGCUUUGCUUUGUCUGAAAUCAUGAUUAUUAUCCUUGCCUUUUUUUAAACUUCAGCUGAAGCAUAUCAUAUUCUAUUCCAGUCCUUUAGUUUUACUCUGUGUAUGUUUCUGUUUUAAGUAUAUCUCUCAUUUUCAGAUGAAGAAAUUAAAACUAUUUAUAGCCAUAUGAAAAAAUGCUCUAAAUCAUUAUCAAUCAGAGAAAUGCAAAUUAAGACAACUCUGAGAUACCAUUACACACCUCUCAGAUUGGCUAAGAUGACAGGAAAAGAUAAUGACAAAUGUUGGAGGGGAUGUGGGGGAAAACUUGGACACUAAUCUAUUGUUGGUGGAGUUGUGAACUGAUCCAACCAUUCUGAACAGUAAUGUGGAACUAUGCCCAAAGGGAUAUCAAACUGUGCCUACCCUUUGAUGCAGCAGUGUCUCUAUUGGCCUGUAUCCCAAAGAGAUCAUAAAAAUGGGGAAAGGACCCACAUGCACAAAAAUGUUUGUGGCAGUCCUUUUUGUAGUGGCAAGAAAUUGGAAAUAGAGUGGAUGCCCCAAAAUUGGAGAAUGGCUGAAUAAGUUAUGGUAUAUGAAUGUUAUGAAAUAUUAUUGUUCUAUAAGAAAUGAGCAUCAAUAUAAUUACAGAGAGACCUGGAGAGACAUAUGUAAAAUGAUGCUAAGUUAUAGGAGAACAUUGCAACAACGAGAUUAUAUGAUGAUCAAUUCUGAUAGAUGCAGCUCUUUUCAACAAUGAGAUGAUUUAAGGCAGUUCCAAUGGACUUGUGAUGAAGAGAGCCAUCUUCACUCAGAAGAGAGGACUGUGGGUACUGAGUGUGGAUUACAAUGUAGUAAUUUUGUUUUUAUUGUUGUUUGUGUACAUUUUGUUUUCUUUCUCAUUUUUUCCCUUUUUGAUCUGAUUUUUCUCGUGCAGAAUGAUAAUUGUGGAGAUAUGAUUAGAAGAAUUACAUAUGUUUUACAUA